AUGGAGCCACCGGGGCUACAAGCCGAGCUCGAGGAAAGCGCCAAUGCAACCUUAGAUCGCUGCCGCAAGGCAAGGCCUGCCAACACGACCCGCACAUACGCGCCGAAGCAAAAAGAGUUUAAGGUUUGGUGUGAUCGAAAGGGCUUUCACAAAACUACGCGCUACCAAGUGCCAGCAGCUAAGAUGCGCUUGUUUCUUUGCGAGGAAGUCGUAGACAGAGAAGUUCGUCGCUGCUAUCAUCGCUCAAGCGCGAGAAGCAUGAAAAAAAUAAACGUGACAAACACUCAUCCGCACCCGAGAAACAAUCUGAUCAAAGCGCUGCUAUCAUCGCUCAAGCGCGAGAAGCAUGAAAAAAAUAAACGUGAGUUCGUAGAUCGCGGUGUUGGAUCGUUGCUGGAUGGGUAUUGUACGACUGAUGAUCUGGUGGCAAUCUCUCGCUAUUAC